AUGGCGGAGCUCCUCGACACCACAAGCACCAAGGAGUCCAGUGAGGGACAGGGACAAAUUGACCCUUGCCGGCGCGCGAUGUUAUCCGCAUUCACCGCGCAACCGCUGGUGGAGCUCAAGCCACGCGACAAAUCCAGAAUCGACUCGGUGCUAGCCUACGGCGACCGACUGUUAGCCGGCCUCAACAACGGCACACUCCGCAUCUACCGCGUGACAGACGAUGGCAAAACCGAGCUACUUCGCGAGCUGGAAAAGUUCGCCCGAUACAAGAUUGAGCAACUGGCUCUGGUAAAGGAGGCACAUGUUAUUGUUUCGCUGUCUGGUGGCUAUGUGAGCUUCCAUGACUCGCAGACCUAUGAGUUUCAGGAACAACUUGCGCAGACAAAAGGCGCUUCGGCCUUUGCGAUCACCUCAAAUGUCGUCAAUGAUCCCGAUACAAAUGUUCCUGCUAUUGUGUCCCGGUUGGCUGUCGCCGUGAAAAGAAAAAUCUUGAUGUGGGUGUGGCGGGAUAUGGAGCUGGAACCGAACACUACGGAGUUGAGCUUGGUGAGCGGGGUUAAGACGCUCACCUGGGUAUCAGCGACGCGAAUGGUUGUUGGACUAAGCUCGAGCUUCGUAAUGGUGGAUGUUGAAGGUGGACAGGUUACUGAACUACCUAGCCCGGGGAGCUUGGAGGAAUCGGGACGGUUUACGGGAGUCGGUGCAGCGAGCAUGAGCUAUAUUGGGAUGGGAGGCAUGGUACCAAAGCCACUUGCUUCGAGGCUACGAGAAGGCCAGAUUUUGUUGGCCAAGGAUGUUAAUACCAACUUCAUCGAUGUGGAGGGUCAGCCGCUCGGGCGACGACAGAUUCCUUGGAGCCAUGCUCCUAUGGAGAUUGGCUACUCGUACCCGUUUCUCCUCGCCCUUCACGAUACAGCUAAGGGCGUUCUAGAAGUCCGAAAUCCAGAGACUUUGUCGUUAUUGCAAUCGAUUCCGCUUCCAUCGGCAAGCAUUCUUCACAUACCUCAGCCGAAUAUCAGCCUUGCCCAUGCUGGAAAAGGGUUCUUGGUUGGGAGUGAUCGGACGAUCUGGCGGAUGGAUGCUUUGAGCUACGAUACCCAGAUUGACACCUUGGUCGAGAAGGGGUACUUGGAUGAGGCUAUUAGUCUUCUAGGAAUGUUGGAAGAUGCUCUGCUCCGAGACAAAGCCGGCCGACUACGCGCUGCACAGCUUGAAAAGGCCCAAAGCUUGUUCGCCUUACACAAAUACCGAGAGUCUUUGGACUUGUUCACAGAGGUUGCAGCUUCUCCCGAGACAGUCAUUCGCCUUUAUCCCCGGUCAAUUGCUGGUGAACUUUCAGCUGUCCCUGAGCAGACUGAAAGUGGUUCUGACCCAAGGAGCUCUGACCCAAAAAUCAACGGCUCGCAAGCUGACAGCCCCGUUGACCCCCCGCCAAUACGAGCUGACACGAAACCUGAUGGGAGCAGCGACUCGGGCAGCAUCCGAGACGAAGAAAAGGACCUGAAGAAUUCUGUACGUGAACUUCAAGGUUAUUUAGCAGAUGUUCGUCGGCGAUUCCAGAGAUACUUGGGUCAAGAUGGAUGUCUCAAAGCUCCCGUGCCAACUGAAUCCACGGACGAAGCUAGCGACUCUGUGCUGAAACUGUUGGACUUUCCGGCCAGCGAAGACUUCUUGUCUACAAUCCGUGAAAAGGCGCGUCUUGUUGAUACGACAUUGUUCCGCGCGCAUAUGUACGCAACGCCAUCACUCGCAGGAUCUCUGUUCCGCAUCGCCAAUUUCUGUGAUCCAGAAGUGGUAAUGGAAAGAUUGGAAGACACCGGUCGGUAUAAUGAUCUGAUUGAUUUUCUUUAUGGAAAGAAGUUACACCGCCAAGCUUUGGAACUGCUUCAACGAUUCGGACAGGACGAGGAGGGCGUGCUUAGUGGGCCAGCUCGCACUGUGGCUUAUCUGCAAAACCUUCCACCCGAUCAAAUAGACUUGAUCCUCGAAUUUGCAGAAUGGCCCCUUCAAGAUGACCAAGAUCUUGGCAUGGAGAUAUUCCUGACAGACACAGAGAAUGCUGAAACCUUGCCACGCCCACAUGUUUUGAAGUUCUUGCAGAGCGUUGACUCCAAACUCGCCGUCCGAUACCUUGAACAUGUCAUCCACGAGUGGAAUGACAUGACUCCGGAUCUACAUCAGCAGCUUUUGGUCUUGUAUCUUGAUCAGAUUACCACCGACAAAAAUGACACCAAGACCAAAGAAAAAUUCUUGGAUAUGCUCAAAGAAAGCGAGCAAUAUUCGCCAGCUAAAAUUCUGAACCGGCUGGACCGCGAAGAUCCUGGAUUCUAUGAGGCACGAGCCAUUAUUUUCAGCAAGAUGGGUCAGCAUCGCCAGGUGCUUGAGAUAUACGUGUUCAAGCUAGAGGCUCACGAAAAAGCGGAAGAGUACUGCAACCAUGUUCACUUGUCCGAAAGCACCGAAGAGAAAGAAAAAGAACAAUCCAUCUAUCUCACCCUGUUGUCGCUGUACCUGGCCCCACCACACGGCUAUCCAGCCCAGAAUGGACCUGCAUUGGCCUUGCUCGCCAAACACGGCUCCCGAUUACCCGCGGAUGCAGCUCUGGGUUUGAUCCCUGCCACCCUGGCCGUGCAGGACCUUGAAUUCUAUUUCAAGGGUCGGAUGCGGGCGGCAAACUCCGUCUUCAACGAGGCCCGCAUCGUAGCGAGCCUGCGCAAGGCACGCGAUAUGCAGACCGAAGCACAACUCAAACUCGGCGAGAAUAUCCGAGGUGGAACCCGAGCGCGACAUGUUACGAUCACGGAGGAGCGGAUCUGUGGUGUGUGUCACAAGCGCUUGGGAGGAAGUGUGAUCAAUGUAUUCCCCGACAACACUGUUGUUCAUCUGGGCUGCGCGAAUCGGGUUGCGAGUGUUCGUUCCGGGUAA